AUGCAUACGCAUUAUUAUCACUCGUCGACUAACCAAACCCCACCAGGCGCUCCAUAUGAGCUACCUCCGGUGCAGUCGGUUACGUCCUCGGGUCCUUUCCACCUUGGCCCGCCACCUGGGGCCCUUCUUUCUGCUCCCCCAACGAGGCCUGGCAGCGGAUUGACAAUGGCUCAUAUUCUACAGCCGCAGCCUCAACAUCCUCCACCCCCGAUGGUGACGCCUCCCGCGCCGUACCCCCGUUCUUAUGAGUCCAGCAGUUCCCCAGCGGAAGGAGGCACCGCCAUCCUCCCGGAUGCACCUCCGAUCAAUGGCUCCGGGACAGGUACGGCGGGGUUUCUACGCCACAAUGGUGGUGUAGGGCAGCAACAGCAAUCGCAGCCUCUGCAACAGAAGAGGGCAUAUCGCCAGAGAAGGAAAGACCCUAGCUGUGAUGCAUGUCGUGAGCGCAAGGUCAAGUGCGAUGCCUCUGAGUCCGCUAGUUGCACAGAAUGCACAAACCGCAAGGUCCGCUGCCAGUUUACCAAGGAAACCAACAGGCGCAUGUCUUCUAUCAAGCAAGUCCAAGACCUAGAAAAACAGCUCUUGACCACCAAGCAACAACUCCAACAACUACGAUCGGGAAUCUUGAGAUCGGACAACCUGAUGGAUAUAGAGGUUGAUGGAGCGGGACAGCCUCAGUUGAAGCUGCCGGACAUUAGCGACAGACCCUCGCGCCGACAAAAGGCUCCUGUUCAACAGGAUCUAGCCGAUGCCAGAGCGAACCUACGGAACUAUGGAAGGGGAAUCUGGAAGGUUCCUACACCAUAUCGGCAACCUGACGUCACCGGCCAUCUCCUCAACCAGUAUUAUUCCCAUCUUCACUCUACGUUCCCGGUCAUCCACUGGCCGACUUUUCUCGCGGAAUACGAGGAGGUUUACCAAGCAGGCUCCCUCUUAGGGGCUCCUCGCGAAUGGGCCGCCGUUUUAUUUGCUGUCUUCGCAUGCGGUACUCUGUAUACCCUAGGUCCUAAUCGGGAAGAGAUGGGGAAAGAAUUUGUGAGGAUAUCUUGUGGGGUAAUCGAUGUCUGGCAGGACAGUUUCACGCUGGACCAGGCGCGGGCCGCCUUGUUGGUCAGCAUUUUUCUCUACGAAGUCAACUCAAAAUCGGCUAGCUGGGUGUGGAAUGGGUCUGCGGUAAGAGUCGCUCAGGAGAUUGGGUUGCAUUUGGAUUCCGGACCAUGGCCCGCAUUAGAGUGGGAAAUGCGAAAACGUGUGUGGUGGGGAAUGUACACCUGGGAUAGGCUUUUGGCUUUGGAGACGGGGAAACCGGUCCUCAUCAACGACCAGGACUGCGACAUUGGACUCCCGUGCCCUAUUGACGAGCAAUUAAUUUCGGAUAAAUGCGUCCCUGAGACUCAACAGACGACGUCACUCCUUGCCACAAUACAUGUAGUCCGGUCGAUCGGUCAAUUGACCCGUACGCUAAGGAGCACGACAAUCAGCCCCGCGACUCUCGAUACCUUUGAACGGCAUUUCAAUGCGUGCCUCGCCACCUUUCCUGAACAAUACCACCCUAAUUCUGACCAAUUUCUUGACCCUCGAACCCUCGCGCCAAUUAUCUACCUUCAAAACGCCCGCCUCAUCCUCCAUCGUCAUAAUAUCUCCCCAUUUUGUCCUGUUGAUGUUCGAUCAGCAGCGCUUGAUUACUCCGUUUCUGUAUGCCAGGAGACUGCCCGGUUGCUCAUGCGAUGUAUGCAACCCUCCCAUGACUCUGGAAAUGAUGGCUGGCGCACGUUAUUUACCACAUCGGGAGGCACUAUCUUAUGUAGUCACCUCUGGCGUUGCGUGCUCCUACUGCUUUUCCGCCAGGAAUUUGCUGCAGCCUUGGUAUGCGUUCAAGCGAGUGCUGCGAUUGGCGAGUCGCGCGUGGCUAAUAACGCUUGUGGACGCUACACGGCUUUCUUUUUGAAAAGCUUGCUGGAUCGAUUACGCCGUAAUGAAUCUGUGGAUCUCGAGCGUGAUGAAGAGAUGAUUGCUUAUGUGUCUGGGGAUAUGCAAGGCGCAGGCAGUGGUAGCUGGGUUUGGGACGGUAGCGAGACCGGCUCCCAAUUAGAGGAGAUGAUGUCCUCUCGGUUAGAUAGCCCAGCCCAUUCAGGCAUCGGGCCUGGUGGGUCUGCUGAAGACCCUGACCGCUGGGAAGGCUGGGAAUGGAUCGAACGAACGCUCCAAUACCUUGUGAAUGAGAAAGAGAAGCAGCAGCAGCAGCAACGGGACGCUCAACAUCUUCCACAACCAGCAGAACCAUCGUAUCCCGCCAGCGAAUCCGCCACGGGGAGUCCAGAUUCGGUACCCAUUCAAUCGAGUUCAUCGCAUUCCCGAAUGACGAUAGCUAGCAUUAUCUAA